GAUAAUAGCUGUUUCUACCGAUCCCUAAUUCAGCUUCGGUGAUUCCGUCGCCGACAAGCUUCUGCUGGGGUUGGAACUGUUACUAAAUACUAACCCAUCCUCUUGAUUUUCUUUUUGGCCAUGUAUCCUGAUUCAAAUAAUUGAGCAAGACCCCCAAAUUCCCAAUUUAUUCGAACCUAGAUUUGGGUUUUCAAUUUCACCAUUUUUCCUGAAACCUAAAAUUUGUUCCCUCUUUCCAUGGCAAACCCAUCUUCAUCAGCUCGCUCAUCCGAUUCCGGGCAGUUUACCUACUCCGACGGCUCCUACUUCCCCAUGCCUUUUCAUCUUCAGCAAUCUGCUUCCGCGACGCCGUCUCACUAUGCUGCGCCUUAUGUGGCGGCGUCACCGGCGGUGCAAAUUCCUCCUCAAGCGCCUACCGCCGCUGUGCCCGGUGUUUACGCUUAUCCACAGUAUCAGCAGGCGCAGCAGUUAUUUCAACGGGAUGCACAGACAAUCACACCCGAGGCUCUUGAGAAUGUCAAAGCAGCCAUUGCUAACAGCGAGAUCGAGCACAAGGCAGAGACAAAAAAGAAAUCAAUUCCUCGCAAAGCUGCAGGGCAAUCAUGGGAGGAUCCUUCGCUGGCAGAGUGGCCAGAGAAUGAUCAUCGGCUGUUCUGUGGUGAUCUUGGUAACGAGGUAAAUGACGAUGUUCUUUCGAAAGCUUUUUCACGAUUUCCUUCGUUUAACAUGGCCAGAGUUGUAAGGGAUAAGCGGAGUGGAAAAACAAAAGGCUAUGGAUUUGUUAGCUUCGCGGAUCCUUCUGACCUUGCUGUUGCUCUCAAAGAGAUGAAUGGUAAAUAUGUCGGAAAUAGGCCGAUCAAAUUGUGCAAGAGCAAGUGGAAGGAGAGAACGGAUUAUGAAGCUCUAGAGAAACACAAGAAACAAUCUCGCAAGAAACCGAAACCUUCCAAAGUGGGUGUAUUACAUUACUGAGCGACCCGCCAGAAUUUCUGACACUGGGGCUGAAACGAAAUUGCACAAGCUGUAUGAAUUACUUCAAUGUUUAGAAGUUCCGUUAUUUCUUGUCUUCUUCGUUUUCCCCCUGUUCCAAGUUUAUAUGCAAUGUUCUUUGCUGACUUCCCUUUGGUAACGCCCCUCAAUCAUACGGAUGAGGUGAAUAUUUGAGAAUAGAAUUUGAAUUGCCUACUCUAA